ACCCCACCACAACACCCAGACCCACACACCCAGACACCCACCCCCACACUCAGACCCCCACCACAACACCCAGACCCCCACCACAACACCCAGACCCCCACCACAACACCCAGACCCCCACCACAACACAGACCUCCACCACAACACCCAGACCCCAACACCCAGACCCCCACCACAACACCCAGACCCACACCACAACACCCAGACCACCACAACCAGACCCCCACACCCAGUCCCCCACACCCAGUCCCCCACCACAACACCCAGACCCGCACACCCAGACCCCCACACCCAUCCCCCACCACAACACCCAGACCCCCAGCACAACACCCAGACCUCUACACCCAGACCCCCACACCCAGACCCCCACCACAACACCCAGACCCCCACCACAACACCCAGACCCCCACACCCAAACCCCCAACACAACAUCCAGACCUCCACCACAACACCCAGACCACCACACCCAGACCCCCACCACCACAUCCAGACCCCCACCACAACAUCCAGACCCCCACCACAACACCCAGACCCAGACCCCCACACCCAGACCCCCACACCCAGACCCCAAACACAACACACAUACCUCCACACACAACACCUCGUCCCCCACACCCAGACCACCACUACAACACCCAGACCCCCACACCCAGACCCCCAUCACAACACCAAGACCCCCAGACCCCCAUCACAACACCCAGACCCCCACACCCAGACCCCGACCACAACACCGAACCUAAGUGA